AUGUUAGAAGAUAAAAAUAAUAGUGAACAAUAUAAAGAUGAAAGUAAUGAAAAUAAGUACCUUUCUCAAUUUUAUUCUUUUUUAAAUUCUAAUUAUAUCAAAAAUACAUUUGAAAGUAAAUUAGAACAUACUCGCAAUGUAAAGAAAAAACAUUUAUCAUAUAGAAAAGCAUAUAAAUAUCUAAUUAGGAAAUUUAAGAAAGUAGCUAUAGAAAGUGAUUUAUAUCUUGAAGAAAUUGAAAUUAAAAAUGGAAACGAAAAGCUAAUCAUACAGUUAUUUGGAAAAAACUCCGUUAGUUUAAAAAAACUUUAUAGAAAAAGAAAAUUAAUUGAUCACUAUUUUUUUCUUCUUAUUUUAUUUAAUAUAUUGUCUAAUUUACCUUAUUCUAUUACUCCUAUCCAAAAGUUUAUAAAUAUAUGUGAUAGUUAUAUAAACUAUGGAGUAAAUCUUCUAAUGAAUUUGAAUUGCAUAUUGUAUAGAAAAAGGAAAAAAAUUCAUAAAAUUUAUUUUAAGCCAGUUUUUAAUUUAUUGAUAUCGUUAUGGAAUAAUCAUUUUUUUCAUAUUUCUUUAUCUAACACAUUGAUAAUCUUAGCUUUUUUCUAUAAAAUGUAUAUCAUAUUAAAAAAAUUACAAAUAAGAAAUGUUAAUUUAUUUGAUAAUAUAUAUAUCUUAUGUUCCUCAUAUGUCAAUAAAAUAAAUUCUAUGCUAUGGUUUAGUAUAUAUUUAAUAAUCAAAAGAAUGUUAAUAGAUGAAUGCGAAAUAAAAAUUAUGAAAAAAAAAAAAACUUACUUAAUUCUACCUAUAUUUACUGAUAUUAUAAAAAUUUUAGAUGUAUAUGAUGAAAUAAUUAAAAAAACAAAUAUUAAUCCAUUAGCAAAGCUUUAUGAAGAAUUAAAAUUAUUUUUGUUUUUUUUUUUUCAUAAAUUAUUGUAUAAUUUAAUAAUAGAAGAAAAUAUGAUACCAAGAAAUAUUUUUAAGUAUCUACAAAUAAAUAAUAAUUUUUUGUCUAACAAAAAAAAAAAAUACAAUAAAUUAAUUUCAUAUAAUAAUAAAAAUAAAAAAUCAAGCGAAAUGCAUAAUAGUUAUUAUAAAUAUACAAAUUCAAUUAAUGAAAAUUUUGUAUUUCUCUCUUUUUUUGAAAAUUUUUGUUUGUUUAAUUCUUUUACGGAUAAUGGAAAAACAGAUAAUUCUUUCUCCUCUUUAUCUUUUUCUUUUAAUUCAAUUAAUUCUUCUACAUUGUCUAAUGACAGUGAAUAUGCAAAUGAAAAAAAAGAAAGGAAAAAUCUUAAGAAGGAAGCAAUGCCAGAUAGUUUUUUUAGUAAAGAUGAAAAGUCUUUUCAAGUAAUAAAAAUGUAUAAAAACAAAAUAGAAAUUUUAAAUAUGCAAUACAGUCAUUUUUUUAUUCAUAAAUGUAAAAAUGAAAAUAAAUAUAUAUUAUUAAUUAAAAGUUAUUUUAAUGAUUAUUUAUGUGCUCUUGUAAAUAGCUUAUACAUCUAUUCAAAAACUAUAUAUUCACCUAGAAUUUUUAAGAAAUCAAGUAAAGAUAAGGAAUAUGAUGAUACAUAUACAAAUAAAGAAAAACAAACAAACGAUAAUAGUGACAAUGAAAUGGAGAAUGACUAUAAUCAAAAGGAGAAUAAAGAUAAAAUACAUGAUAGAAAAGAAAUUAUAGAAGAGUUAAAUGAAAAAAAAGAUAAUGAAACUAUUGAACAGAAAAAUACUGAAAACGACUUUGAAAAAAAUUCAUAUAUUGAGGAAAAAAAAGAUGAUGCAUUUUAUCAAGAAUAUGUAAAAAUUGAUGAUAAAUUUUUUUUUGAAAUAAAUAAUAAAAGUUUGAAUAGGUGUACAAUAAGUGGCAAUGAUAACCUAAAUGGAUCUAAUAUGAUAUCAAAGAAAAAAAUAAAUAAUUCAUAUAAAUUAAUGAAAAACAAAAAAGAAGAAAAAAAAAAAUAUGGAGAAAAUAAAAUAAAAAUUUUCGAUACUUUAAUAAGUUAUAUAGAGGUGAUAUAUAGAAAUAUUUUUAAAAAAGUCUUAAAAAAUAUAAAUGAUAGUAAAAGUAUCAUUGAUUUAAAAUUAUAUUCAUAUAUAGAAGAAAUAUAUAAAUGCAAUACCUAUUAUUGUUUAAAAAGAAGGCUAAAAAAAUUUUGUUUUAUUUUAUUUUUUUCAGUAACGUUAAAAAAUUUAAUAAAAAGUUAUAUACAUAAAAUAAAUAAAGAAAAAGUAAAUAAAAACACAUUUGAAAAUUUUCAAUCUACCAUAAUAUUUGAUACAUGUAGUUUUAUUAAAAUAUAUAAUCAAUUAAAUGAAAUAAAUUUUAGAGAUUUCUUUGAUAAUAAAUAUAUUAAUUAUCUUAUUUAUUUAAAAAAUAUACUUACUUUACCUAGUGAUAAAUUAUUGCAACUUCCUAUAAAGAAUAAAUAUUUCUUUUUCUAUAUCAAUACCAAGAGAAUAGAUAUAAAUUUUAAUAGCUUUAUUGUAAAUUACAAAUUAAAGAAUAUAAAAUUCGAAAAUGAAAAAAUAAAUGAUGAAAAUAAUCUAAAGAAUCAUAAUUUACUAUUAAAUAGCCUUAACACAAAAUAUGAAAUAAGAAAAAAAGAAAAAAAAAAUUUGGAAAACGAAGUUAUAACAGAUGAGAAAGAAAGUAGUUUAUUGAAUUCGAUAAGCCUUUUAAAUGUAGAUAAUUCAAAUGAUUUUAUUUCCAAAAAGGAAAUUAAUGAAAAGAAAAAAUGCAACCCUAUAAAGAUGGACACUAAUCAAAUAAAUAUAUAUAAUAACAAUAGUGAUAAUGAUAGUGAUAAAUCCAGUGAAAAUGAAAAAAAAAGCAUAUUUAUUCAAAAUGAAAAUUAUGUAAAUAUUAAAUUUAAUUCAAAUAGAUAUAAUAACAAUGAAUUUAAUAAAAAUGAAAAAAAAAAAAAAGAAGAAAUACUUGAUCCUAUAGAAAAUGAAAAGAUAAGCAACUGUGACAUGUACAGUGCUGAUAGUGAUGAAUCAAUUUUAAAAAAAAAUAAAAAUAGUUCAUUUAUUCAAAAUAAAAAUAAAAUAUAUUACGAAUCUGAUGAAAGUAUAACAUAUAGUGAAGACUUUAAUGCUAAAGAAACAAAAAAUGUGCAUUCGUUUGAUGGAAGUAAAAAUGAAAUAGAUAACGAAUAUGAUAUAAGUAGCAUUGGUAGCGAAGAACUUGAUCAUAAAAAGAAAAAAAAAAAAAAUACAUUAUUUGAAACGAAUGAAUAUGAAAUAAAAAAUUGUAUAAAGGUUUAUAUAAAAAAUUCAAAUGGGCAAUUUGAUAGAAAAAUAUUAUUUUUAAAAGAUGAUAAAAUUUAUUUUUAUAACUCGGAAAAUUCCAUAUCUUAUGAUUCUUUUUAUUUUUUGAUGGAAAUAAAAAAAAUUUAUUCUUAUGACGGUUUUUUUGAUUCUUUAAUUAAUUCACAAAAGCUAAUGAUGGUGAAUUCAACAAAUUCCUCCUCUACUGAUGAUGAUGAUGUUGAUGACGAUAAUAAUGAUUUUUAUUCAAAAAAUAAAGGAAGUUUUUCAUCAGAAAGUGAAUGGCAAAAAUGUGGAUUUGAUGCUAAAAUAAUAUUUCAUAAUUCACUUAGAAAAAACAUUCAAUUAAUGUUCAUAGAUCAGGACUACGAAAAAUUUAUUACAAAAAUUAAUAACGUUUUAGUUGAUGAACGGGAGAGAGACUUUGAGUUUGUAAAUCUAAGUUAUGAUAAAAAUAUAGAAGAAAAAAUGAUAUCAGAAUAUUUAAAUAAUAAUAUAAAAAUAGAUACCAAUAACGAAGAAUGUUUUAGUACAAAAAGUAAUAGCAUAUCAGAAAAGGAAAGUUCUUAUUAUAAAGAAAGUAAUGAUUUAUACGAUAAAAAAGCUAUAAAUACUGAAGAUAAAUAUGAUUCAUCUGAAAAUGAUAUAGAAGAAAAUGAAAACAUAUUAAAUAAUAUACUAAACGAAAAUAAAGAUAUAUUAGAAAAAAAAAAGAAUUCAAUAAAUAACUUCCAAACACAUAUUAACUUCGUAGAAUAUAGAUAUUCAUCCAGUACCACUGAUAUUUAUAUAAAAGAAAAAAAUUACUUUUCAAAAAAGCAAAAAAUAAAAGUAAAGAAAGAAAAUAAAAUGAAAUUAUUUAAAAAUAUAAAUAAAAAUGAUAUAUAUAAUUUAUUUUUUGAAGAAAUAUGUAGGUUAUGUAAAAAUAAAAAUAACAACAUUUCAAAAAAAAAUUCAGAUGAUCUUUUUUUUUAUAAAUCUGUAAAUAAACUUUACUUUACAAUAAAUCUUUCCUGA